AGCUCUGUGAGUGUUUUUAUAGGGUGUAAAAUAAGCGAAAAUGAGGGCAAAGUUGGAAUGUUAUUAGUUUGCAAAUGAACGACGGGUAGUCUGCAGCUUCAUUGUUAGGUCAAAUUUCUUAUCCCUUUUCUGACGUCAGUACAAGAAUCUGAACCUUUACAUUCUGAUAUGGCAUUCUCCAAUAUGUAUUUGUCACAAGAAAUUCAGUUUGGAGUAUUUCAAGAGCUUUAACGAGUAUUUACAAAAGUUAUAGUUAUUGCAAAUGAAUGAAAUAGUUGCAGAGUUGAAAUUUGUGAUUUAUAUAGCGAGAGGCAUGCACAGGUAAGUGUAUUGACAAUUACAACGCGGGACCGUACCAACUUCGUACUGUGUGGUUAUUGAGUCUGGUCUUCUGUUUUAUGCCUGACAGCUAAUUAAGCUGUCAAAUUCUAUUAUUUUAUGAAGCAUUUCCUUAUAUUCUCUUACUAUAGAAUUAUUUGCGGAAGAGUAACCCUAUUUGAAAUGAUGUGAUUCAUUCAAGUACCUAAAAUAGUCAGAAAGGAUGCCUUCACCAUGGCGAAGAUAUAAAAGUACGGACAUGCUACAUUGUUAUGCCGGUGGGAAGCACAUCGGGCAUCUGCCAAAAUAUUUGGCGUCACCGGAGUUCAACUUGAUCGAAUUCAACUCUUUCUUUUUAUCUUUAAAACACAUAGGUCUUAUGUUUAAAGUAAUAUUGGUUCUUUUGAUGAGAUCUAUGGAAAGUAGUUUCGUGGUCAAUUAGACGACCAAGUCCAUAACUAAUGAGCAGGGUCUGCAUUCUCUGUGUUACAAAAUGUACACGUGAACGAAAUCACAACUGUAUAAUAGUGCCAUACAUAAAUUUAUUUUUCUUUAAUGUAAUGAUCAUGCUUACAAAUUUUGUCUUCAGUUUUAUGGAACAGUCUAUCACGUUUCAUGAAGGUGUCAAAAUAAAUUUGUGAUUAAAUACCAUUUUUGUACAACCUCAUCAUACUCAUUUCUGCCAUAGGUUUGAAGUCACCCAUUUUUAACUAUUCAAUAACAUUUGCUUCAUAAUAGAUUGCACUGUUAAUUAUUAUGAAUACAAUCAUCAAGCUUCUUCGUUUUUGAAUUACUAUAGCGUUGACAGUAAGGAGCCUAUAGUAACCUUCAUGAAACAAAAAUUUUGGAUUUACAAGCUCGAAAAUAAUACGUGAACAAUAUCAAGCGUGAAUCGUCAAAAUUGAAGACACAGGACAUUACAUGCAGCAUCUGCAAUGAUACGCUUGGCUGCUUUCGCUACAUGGAUGUUAUUGCUCGUUAUUGAAGGAAGUGCGCUAUCUAUUUUGACAAUAGAAAAUCACGAUUUUGAUGAGCACCCGCCGGAUGACGGGUGGGGAGAGUGGAGCGAAUGGCAUUCAUGCAGCAGGAGCUGUGGAGGAGGCGUAACUUAUAUGGAAAGAAAAUGUCUUCGGAAUAGAUUGAGAGGAGGUAAUGAUGUGGAAUGUGAUGGACCGCGGCGGAUGUAUACAUCUUGCAGCAUUCAGGACUGUCCAGUGAAUUCCGAAGAUUUUCGCACUUUGCAGUGUUCACAGCAUAAUAACCAAACACACAAGGGAAAAAAGUAUCAAUGGGUUCCAUAUCUUGGAGAAUCAGCACCGAAUCCGUGCGAACUGUACUGUCAGCCUAAAACAGGCAAUUUUUUUCUCAAACUCGCAGACAAAGUUCUUGAUGGUACUCCUUGCAGACCUAAUCGAUUUGACGUGUGCGUGGAUGGAACUUGUGAAUCUGUUGGGUGCGACAUGCUUCUUGGUUCAGACCUCAGACUUGAUGUGUGCGGUGAAUGCGGUGGCGAUGGAACAUCUUGCUAUCUUGUUAAGAGAUUCGUGAGCGCUAAAUUGCCAACGGGAUACGUGCCAUUGAUAUUCAUACCACCUGGAGCUACAAACAUUCGCGUACACGAGAAAAAGGGAACUCGAAACUUUUUAGCGGUAAGAGACUCUGGAAAAAGGUACGUCCUGAAUGGUCACUGGCAGGUUAAUGGUUCUACUGUGAUACACGUCGGCGGAAGCAAUCUCGUAUAUACUAGAAAAAACGACAGAAAAAGAGCACCGGAAAUAAUAGAAAUGACUGGACCAACGGCAGAAAUGUUGUAUAUUGACGUUUUAGUACAGGAGAAAAAUCGAGGUAUCGAGUAUGAGUUUUAUCUGCCGAAAGGAAUGAAUGACCCGAACCACGGAGAACACGAUUGGAUAACUGGCCAAUGGCAAGGAUGUUCAAGAGAAUGUGGUAAAGGUUUGCAAAAAAGGCGAGUAGUGUGUAAAAAUCGCAACAAUGGAGAAAAGGUAUUAAAUUAUCAUUGUGACGCUCAACAGCGACCCCAGUCAACGAGAGAGUGUGAAGUUAUAUCUUGUAAAACUAGAUGGGACGUCGGAGAAUGGACGCCGUGCUCGAAGUCAUGUGGUGGUGGACUAAAAAUCAGACCUGUUUCAUGCAUUGUGACUAAAGACGUCAAAACAGGGUCUUCAGUGGUUCCCGAUAGUAGAUGCUCGGAGAUGAAGCCACCUACCCAACUAAAUUGCGGAACUGAUCCUUGUCAGAAAUGGUUCAUUGGAGAUUGGUCAGCGUGCACGAAAAGUUGCGGGGCAGGUGUUGAGCGAAGACAGGUCAAAUGUUCGGGUACCCUUUGCAAUAUAACCGCCGCACCACUGCGUGAAAGACCUUGUAAUCUACGCCCUUGUGGAGGAAUUGAUUGGAUAACGACAGAAUGGAGUGAGUGCGUUGGCGUGUGUGGAAACGCUGUUCAAACACGAGAAGUAAGUUGCGCAGCUGAGGACAGAACUCUUUACCCAAUCCGACUAUGUGACGCAUCAAAACGCCCUAGUACGAUACAAGAUUGUGGUUCCAAAAGUCAUUGCCCGGAUGAACCUACAUGGAUUGUUGAGGAAUGGAGUGAGUGUUCUGCUACAUGCGGCAGAGGGCAGCAAACAAGGCGUGUUGUUUGCGGUCUGUAUGAGAUCGCAAACUACCGGAUACUCUCUGACAGCGUUUGCUUGGAUGACAGAAAUAGCCCAAAACCACCGACCUCUCAAGAAUGUUUAUUAGGGAAUUGUACGCACAGCUGGUAUACAGGCCCCUGGGGACCGUGCUCUGUGACUUGCCAAAAUGGAGUUCGAACACGUCUUGUACUAUGUAUCAGACACGUAGAAGACUCCGAGAACGGUACCUGUGACACAAACUUCAAACCUCAUAACAGCGAGAUUUGUAAUAUCAAUACGUGCGAUGAAAAUGAAUACAUUGAUUUACCUGUGAUACCACCCAUGAACGAUUGUCACAAAUCAACUUACGGUUGUUGUCCGGAUGGUAUCACUUUGGCGUCUGGUCCUUUUCAAGCAUCUUGUCACUUGCCAUCUUGUCGGGAGUCCGAAUUUGGAUGCUGUCCAGAUGGUGUUACAAAAGCUGAAGGUUCAGAUAUGGAAGGAUGUAAAACUGCAAAUGCGUCCUUGAAUGAAAACACUACACAGCAAAUUCUAAACUCUUCAGAACCAACUGUAACGCCGUAUUUGAAUUAUAAUUCAGAAAUGUGCCUCCAGAAUGUCGAUCAAGGUCCAUGUGAGAACUGGUCUAUUUAUUGGUUCUUUGAUGUGAAAACUGGUCAAUGUGAUCGUUUUUGGUUUGGCGGUUGUCAUGGAAAUGAAAAUCGAUUUGAAACAUUUGAAAUUUGUGCAAAAAUUUGCAGGAAGUACUUAAAUCAAUUCAAUGAAGCAGUUCAAGUAUCGACAACGCAACAACCUCCCACAACAACUGCAGAAACCUCAGUGUCAUCUCAACAAAACAACUCUAUCUCUUCAAAUAACGCCAAUGUUUCACAAUUCGAACCACCACAGCCGCAAGAAAAUGAACAAUUUCCUCCGCCGUCGUGCUUUCUCAGAAAAAGCGCCGGACCCUGCGAGUCUAGGCACCAUAGAUGGUAUUUCGAUGCACGCACCGGAUCGUGUAUCAUGUUUUGGUACGGUGGUUGUGGUGGAAAUGAUAACAAUUUUGCUACCGAACAAAACUGUAUAGAUACCUGUGGCAAUAGGCCGUUACAUAUGUUUGAUAGAGGAUUAGGCGAAGAAAAUACCCCUCCGGUUCCGGCUUACAUCAAAUUUGGCCACAGAGAGGUCUACGCUCAAGUUGGGAAAAUGGCAAGAUUGGCGUGCAUGGCCAAAGGAACUCCGAAACCAACAGUGGUGUGGCAGAAGGAGGGUAUUCCUGUUUUACCUGAAAAGGAAAGAAUCGAAAUUCUGGGCGAUUAUUCAUUGAUUUUAUCAAAUAUCACACCAGAGGAAGCAGGAACCUACGAAUGCGUUGCGAGAAAUGGAUAUGGACCCGAUCAAGCAUUGGCGGUCAAGUUAUUCGUGAGAAAUCGACUACUAAUAAGAGAGACACCAUCCGACACAGAUAUAUUGGCGGGAGAGCCGGCAGCAUUACGUUGCAGGAUUCAUGAUGACGUAUUUUUCGUAACAUGGUUCAAAGACGGACAAAAAGUGCAAACCGACGAAUAUUACAACAUUCAACCAUGGGGAGAUCUUCAUAUUCUAGACGCAGAAGUAGAGGAUAGUGGCGUAUAUACAUGUACAGCAUACGCGACGAAUGCACAACAAUCGGCAUCAGCAGUUUUGACAGUGUCACAAAAAGAGCAAACUUCGACAACUGCGACAACAACAAGAGCACCGCAGUCCACUAGAACUUUUCUGCCUCUGCCGCAAUCGCCACCUAGCAGACAAUGCAGAGACUAUCCUGAAUAUGCAAAUUGUAAUAUAGUUGUUUUAAAGCGAAUGUGCCAUAAGCAUAAUUAUGCGAGAUAUUGUUGCGCAUCGUGUGGCAAUCACAGAUCUGCACAAUUGCCUAGACCUGGACGGCGAAGGGUUUUUGCAGGUGCCCGAGUGCAAUAGUCAAUAAUCGAUAAGGUAUGAGAUAAUCACGAUGGUCUAUGCUUCUCGGAUCUACGCUACGGAUCUAUGCUUCUAUGGAUCUACAGAUAAAUCUACGGAUUUAUUAGACAUUCGAAAAUAUCAUCGAAUAUUCGUUUGGAAAGUAAAUCAAGCUCAUUAAAGAAAGUGUUGUAACAAGUCAUUUGAGACAAUUUUUAUGUUCUGAAAGUCAUCGCAGUGUGCCUCAAAUGCUAUCUUUUGAAUCUGCUAUGAACGAAGUUAGAGUUUCAAUUGGAAAGAUUGACUCUGGUUAUUUAAUAUAAAACAACAACUUUCACGUGGAAAUGCGAUCAACUUUUCUGGCCAUACUCUUUUUUAAUGCACAUUGUUCAUGCUUAUGACGUUUUUAAAAAUAUUUUUUUUUUUUGUUAUUAUUGAUACCAUACAAUAAUCAUAUUCCUAAAGUGUUGAUUGAAUGUCGAUAUACCACAUCCUUUCGAAUGUAUAUUUUCGAAGUACUUUUUCACGAAUUUGUCAUAUUUUUAUUUGUUACAUUUUUUCCAUUUCUUUACCUCUCAAUGUACAAUUCUGAGUACAUUUUAUACAAUUCAGCAUAUUAUCUUGUUUUUUGUAUUUUUUCAAACUCUUAAUUUAUAACGCAACGAUUUUUCACAUACUCCCUUAAAAUUUCAGCAUGAAUUUUCAAGUUAGCCCCUUAGCAGGUAGUUUACGUACUUGACAAUAGAUAAAAGUUUUCAACUUCGGGAACAAUUGUUCAUUCAAUUAGAUUUGAAAUGUUUUUGAGCCCACCACUCAGGUGAAUGAAGAUGUUCAUUUAUCAAAUUUUUAUAACUGUUUUCUAUCCGUGAUGUUUUAUAUCAGUGUAAGCAUUUUUUUUUAUUUUUAUUUUACAUUUUUGAGUUGCACCAACACUUAGCCAACCGUGAAUUGUUCAAGUCAGUGCCCCUCAACAUAUGUUCCGCUUAUUUAGUUUCCGUGAGUUUUAUGGGUUCCGUAAGCGGACAAUUCAGAAAAACUAAUUAUGACAUGUUUCCCAAUUUUGAGCCAAAGAGAGUUCUUAUUGUUGCACACCAACCGUUGAGGUCUGACAGAUGGUAGCCUAGUCAUAAAGCACUGGCAUUUAAUCUAUUAGGCCUUUAAGGUUUUCGUUGUUACUAUACAGGAAUUAAAAACUUUCUGGAUUGAACUGUUGGAGGUAUUCAAGUGCUACAGGUCUCUGACUACGAUGUACAGUAGAUGAGUAGUAAGUAGAGUCGUACACUGAAACUGUUCAGACCUUGUAGGGAUACAGUUAAAGUAGUGCGAAACUCUGUAUUUAGCCAAACCAGAUGUAAAAUAGCAUGUAUUCCUACGCGACGCGAAGUUGUAACAACUUCGGAGAAUGCGCAGUGUAGUCAAAAUGUAAAAAUACACAAAAAUGAUGAAAUUCCGAAUGUAGCUUAACCCGAAUUCCCUGGCUUCUCUAAAUUAAAAAGACACCUUUCCACUCCCCCAAUAUCAACGGCAAGGGCGAAACGUUUGUGAUUUUAGUUCAUUUUAAAUAUUUGUCAAUGAGCUGUAUAACCUCAAUGCGCGAAACAGUGCAAGAGAGCUUGCCAACGACUCUUUCCUGAAUACUCGCUUACCUAGUAUUUUGCAACUGGUAUUAUAGGAGACUUUUCAUUUAUAUUGAACAGUUGAUGUGUUUCUAAGUUACACAAAAAAUUGUUUCAAAUGUGUCAAUAGUAUGACAAUUCAAAUGCAACCAAAUUGAAAUGAUUCGCACUUUUUAAAACAAUGUGUCU